CUGGCGUCGCAACAUCAUAUUUUCUAGAUGACUCUUCAGCUUGCAUCACUAGUUAGCUCCACUGCGCAUGCUCUGUGGCAUAUGGAACGUCAGCGGGAUGUGAGAACUGCAGUAUUUAAAUAAGCGAUUUAGGUUCACGCCGCCACCGUGCACCACCACCACCACCGAAGCCUUGUUGUGGGCAGGCUAAAAGUGUUUAUACAACCUUACACUUGGGUUAGGGGAGUACUGUGACUACCUGUGCGGCUGUGACCUCAAACGAACGCCAGGCAGCGGUGAGAGGAAGAAAUUUGGUGGUGGGCAAGGGCAUGGCAGGCAGAUAUAGUAGCCUGCAGUGUAACCCGCGGAGCCAAACUGUUGAGGUGUGUGCUGCCGCCUUUCUAGACUCGCUGUUUCUUGUCUGACUGGUGAAGGGGCGUGGAGCUAGUGUGCUACCCUCUCGCACACCCAAGCAACUUUCUCCUUUGUUGGUGCUGGACUCGAGAGGGCUGGAAAUGAGUGAGGGUGUGAAGAAAGCGAUGGAGAGGAGCAGAGAAGACCGUGCAAGGGAAGAAAGAAGAGCGGAAGAGGAGGAGGAGGAGGAGGAGAGGCGGCUGCAGGAGGCAUGUGGUGUGGUCGGGUGUGUGCUGGCUCGGAACUCUCCAGACGGGACGGUGAAUGUGGCCAAGAUGAUCUACCUGGGAUUAGUGGCACUACAACACAGGGGUCAGGAGAGUGCGGGCAUCGUCACCAAUGAGGACCCAAGCAGCAAACACUUUCAUUACCAAAAAGGAGACGGGCUGGUGCCGGCUGUCUUCACCGAGGAGAAACUCCACAAACUAAAAGGUAACAUCGGCAUUGGACACUCGCGCUACUCCACGGCGGGCGGGCGGGAUCCCUCCAACACUCAGCCCUUCCUUGUUCACACCCGCCACGGACCUCUGGCAACAGCCCAUAAUGGCGAGCUCAUCAACGCCUUGGCCCUCAGGAAAGCGAUCCUGGACCGCGGCGUGGGCCUGUCCACUCACUCGGACUCGGAGCUCAUCACCCAGAUGCUAUCGCAGGCACCUCCGCGGGGGGAGAAGGCCAAACCAGAUUGGGGCGCCCGAAUCCGCCACCUGAUCGAGGCCACACCCACUGCCUACUCCCUAGUCAUCCUCCACGGAGACAAGAUCUAUGGUGUGCGUGACCCCUUCGGCAACAGACCGCUAUGCAUUGGGAGACUCAUGCCCGUCGGAGGAGCCAAUGGUGAUAACUCAAGUGACGCCUCGCCCAAACCCAUCGGCUGGCUCUUCAGUUCGGAAUCGUGCGCCUUCCAGUCCAUGGGCGCCACGCUGAUGCGAGAGGUCUACCCCGGCGAGAUAGUCGAGUUGAGUCCGGACGGCGUGCGCUCCCUGGAUGUCGUGCCGCGCCCCAAGUCCUCCACCCCCCUCAGCGCCGCCCACGGGGACCCCGACCACGUCAACCACGACGACAUCCUGCUGGCGCCGCUCCCUGCCUUCUGCAUCUUCGAGUACGUCUACUUCGCCCGCGCCGACUCCGUGUUUGAAGGCCAGCAGGUAUACAGCGUGCGGCAGAGGUGUGGGCGCCAGUUGGCUAUAGAAGCCCCGGUGGAUGCCGACAUCAUUUCAACGGUGCCCGAGUCUGCAACUCCGGCCGCGCUUGGCUUCUCCUUGCAGUCUGGCAUCCCGUACGUGGAGGUGCUGUGCAAAAACCGUUACGUCGGGCGAAGCUUCAUCCAGCCCGACAAACGCUCCCGCCAGUUAGCCGUCGCCAAGAAGUUCGGAGCGCUGACGGAGAACCUGAUGGGCCGGCGCGUGGUGCUGGUGGAUGACUCCAUCGUGAGGGGCACCACGGUGGGGCCCAUCAUCCAGCUCCUGCGGCAGGCCGGGGCACGCGAGGUUCACAUCAGGGUGGCCUCCCCGCCCCUCAAGCACCCCUGCUACAUGGGCAUCAACAUUCCCACGCGCGGGGAGCUCCUAGCCAACCAGAAGCCUAUCGAGGAGUUGGCGAACCACGUCGGUGCGAACAGCUUGGCCUACCUGAGUAUCGAUGGGCUGGUGAAGGCAGUGCGUCAGGGCAUAGUGGCAAGGAACAAUGCCCCCGUCGGCCACUGCACUGCCUGUCUCGAUGGAAACUACCCCGUGCACCUCGAGUGGUAGUCUCCGGUGUAACUCAGGUGUUGGAUGGUUGCAUGUUGGCAGAAUACGUACAGGUAGGAAUGAGUGGAAGUUAAGCAAUGAUGGAUUUCUUUGAUGCUCUCUCCUUUUCUUUUAAAUAACGUGGAUUUGCUGAGCGUGGGAUAUUGUUGUGGGUGUGUGAUGAAUUUUCUCGUUUUUCCUUUUUUUAUUUUUUUUGCAUACUAUUGUUUUUUUUAUAACGUUUUAAGGGGAGAUAACUAACAUUCACCUGUAAUGCUUGCGAAAUCCAGGUAUGCCCCCGUUUCUUUUUGUAUCUUUUCUUGUAUAGUGUAAAAGUGAGUGUUGUGAUUUUGUACUCGACCGUUCUUGUUGUUCUUGUUAUGCUUUAUCAAAAAUUAUCUGUAACACUUUGUUUUAGUAUGACUUUGUGCAGUGUUUCAUAAGCGAUGUUGUGGUGCGUAAGUGUGUUUGUUUACAAGUGUUUUUUGUGUGUUUUUGUUUUUCCCUUUAAUAAAAUUGCGGAAAUAUA